GCGGCUGUAGUUUGUAUUCUGCUGUUGAGCCAAGUGUUAGAGUUGGCCCGACUCUGUCUGCACGGCCGCCAAAUACAACACACACGGUGGUACUACGGGGCAGGUCCUUGCGCCAAAGACAAGAAAGAUCGGCUCAGCAUGGUGGACCUCGUCAACAAAACCUUCCGGGUGCUGCGGGGUCUCGGCGUGGAGCCGGUUCUGUGUUACGGCACACUGUGGGGCGCCCUGCGGCACGGAGACAUCCUCCCGUGGGACGACAACGUCGACAUGUGCGCCAGGGCCUCGGAUCUGAACCGUGUCACCGUGCAGAGUCUGCACGCGUCGUUCCGCGCGGAGCGCAUCGCCCUCGGCACGUACAGCUGGUGGCACGGACACUUCAAGCUCGAGCUGGACACAGCCGUCGGACACUUGACCCUGUUCUCCGACUGCACCGACUGGUAUUACCGGUCGCAUCGGGACGAGUACCUGAACAGCCCGCCCGGAUAUCUCCCGACGACGCAGCCUGCGCCUCAGCGGUGGGCGUGUCCUUCCGGCGUCUCCUUCCACGCGUUCUACCGGAUGGACGACGUGUACCGCCCGUUCCCGAUGUGGUUGAUUGACCCACCUUUCAGUAACGCUUCGCUGGCCGGCGUCACGGUAAGCGUACCGCACGACGGCAUCGAGAUCCAAAAAUACAUGUACCCUGGAGAUUGGUGGCUAACUACUAGACCGCAAGGUUGCGACCAAUGA